AUGAACUUGAGCAUACGACGGCUUGUCAGGCUUUCCUAUCUUAUUGCCACCAUUCGCGAGGUCGCAGCAGUCUUCGACCCGGACCAGCCUGGGGUGGAGGAGAAUUUCUAUCCUGGAGAAGCCGACCCAAAAGGCAAAAUAACAUGCCAAGGGCCACCACCUUCCUUCAGAAUACCGCGAACUUUCGGUUUGCAAAGCGACCCCAAUACGUGGACUUUGCAAGAGCUUUGCGCAAAGCCACAGUACGGUGGCAGAGGAAUCCAUCAGCAUGGAGGAGCUUACUGUUACCAUUACGAUACACCUAACGAAGCUCCUCGUGUGGUAUUCGAUAGCUCACCAAUCGCCCAGGCCUCACCAGUGCUGCAGAACGCAAGAAUGCUCGCGUACUGCUUGCUCCGGUGUUUCUGUACUUAUGGCAUAACGAGAGAGGAUGCUUAUCAUCAGAUAAAACCAGUCAGAGACAUGGAAUUCGGCAACAGGAUCCUCACCCCUGACGAAGAUUCCUUGGGCGGCAUGGAGCUUGGGGAUAGAUUUUGGGACGUCGUGACGUAUGAGCUACCGGGAGCCUCACAGUUAGAGGCCCAGCAGUGGCAGGCCAACCACAACAUGGAACCCUACAACAUGAUAUCGUAUGUUGGGGUAAGCAUCAAUCCGGCAAACACGAUAGAGUGUGAUGGCAACGUACCUCCGAUGGCCUUGACACUCGACGACAUCACACCCAACAUCGGCAUGACUUGGCAGAACUGGGCCCAAUCGCAUACCCUGCGGGCACACUGCUUCUCAAUGUGCCAUUGCGGUCCAGACGACGAAGACUCCGACGAAGAUCUCGACGACAAGAUCACAAUCCCAGGUGUAUUUGAAUUCGUGAGGGAUAGAGCAAUCGGUAUUGGAGGCAAAGGCAACGUUGACAUCUUCGUGAAGAAUCCGAAUGGUGCUACGCUCAAGUAUUCCCUCAUGCAACCCGCAGAUGGAGGGUCCAAGGUCGCGGUUGGAGCAUGCGAGGACGAUGCGAAACGAUUCUGUCCCGUGGAGGACUGGCCGGAGGAUAUUCUGGGACCCUUGAAGCCGACGGCGCCGGUGCCACCUCCUCCUGAUGAAGAUCUGGUGCAAUUGAGCCAGUGUGGUACGGAGUGCAAUGAUCAGAGCGACUGCGGGUCUUUUGAAAAAGGCUGUCGGUGUAUCGCUCCUAAGUCCUUGCCUCAGUAUGUGCCCUUGGACCCGAUCUUUCCGAAAUUGCCGGAGUUGCCGAAGGGGAGAUGCUUGUCGCUGACGCCGGAUUUGAUGCAUGCGAUUGCGUUGGAUCAAGUUGCUCUGAGGAAGAGGGAGAGCGAGGUUUCGAGAAAUGAAAGCCUUGGUAGGGAUUGA